AUGCGGUUCUUGUCGUAUUGGCUAACAUUAUCGCAAAGAAAUCUCUCCGUAGAAAACCGGCAACAUCGCGUUCUCCGCAUCUCAUUCUGGGUCAAGUUGAUUUUCGUCGUUGUCGAGCUGGGUCUAGCGAUUGCCUUCGGCGUGAUUAACUUUAGGGGCAACCAUAACACAUCUGCUAUUAUCGAGUGGGUCAUUGCCUUCGUAUUCUCCUUCUACGUCUUCUCCUUUUACAUCGACUUGUAUCCCGCUAUCACUACGCGGAACAACCCCCACCCGAUCGGGGAUCCCACGCGACGGAUGGAGGAGACCUACUAUGCAACGCAUCCCAGUGUCCUACCUGGGGAUAGGCAUACCCAGGAUAGCCAGAGGACGCUGACAGACAGCCACGGCCACCAGCACAAAGUGAGAACAGACCAGAGAGACUUUUAG